AUGAUCCCUUUUCCAAGAGUUCAGGGAUUUCCAGAAGGGUGUGGAAAUACUAACCAUCUUCCUUCUCCGGAUCUCUCUUUCCCUUUUUACUAUGCCGCCAAACAACUCAGACGACCUUUUGGAGAUGUUCUUAAAGAGAUGUGUAAUUCUGAUAGCAGUACUCCCAUUUGUGUUACUUCGGACAUGUUCUUACCUUGGACACAUGAUUCAUGUCGCAUGUUCAAUAUUCCUAGGAUUGUCUGUGGUGGGAUGGCUUCAGUUCCAUUUCCAAUACACAAAAAUGACUCCCCUGGCUCAGUUAGGCCCGGUGAUGAUAACAAUCCAAUGCGGGCAAUUCUGGCAGAGCUUUUACAGGCAAAUCAUAGCAGCUGGGGUACGUUGGUUAACAGUUUCGAAGAGCUGGAAGAGGACCAAAUUGUCCAGCCACUUCUACUUCUUGGUCACAUUAAACAAGAUUUGAUGAAUUCAGGGCCCCACAAUGAUCAAAAGCAAUAUAGCCCGCACAUCAAGUGGCUGGAGCAUGAAAUGGAAGAGGUGGUUCCAGGUAAUGUGAUCUAUGUAGCAUUUGGUUCCCAAUCAUAUAUGACAGACGUUCAGAUGGAGGAGAUUGCUCUUGGGUUGGAGAAGGCAGGGCAACCGUUCAUUUGGGUGGUCAGGUCAAGUACAUGGAUCCCACCAGUUGGAUGGAAGAAAAGGAUCAGGGAAAGAGGGCUUGGUCGUACAUGA